GGCGGGAAGUAGGUGAAGGAACGCCGGGGUGGGGCCGAGCGGCGCUUCCCUGUAGUGCACGGGGCUGAAACCAUCGAGAGGGAGGGCCAGAGAGUCAUGGCGGUUUAAAAAUGUGUCUGAGCCUGUAAGGUUCAGUGUUUGCUUCUCAAGAUGCCCCUUUCAGACUUUAUUCUGGCCCUGAAGGACAAUCCCUACUUUGGGGCUGGCUUUGGGCUUGUGGGUGUGGGCACAGCCCUGGCCCUGGCCCGGAAGGGUGCCCAGCUGGGCUUGGUGGCAUUCCGGCGCCAUUACAUGAUCACACUGGAAGUCCCUGCUCGAGACCGAAGCUAUGCCUGGUUGCUUAGCUGGCUCACCCGCCACAGUGCCCGUACUCAGCACCUCAGUGUCGAGACUUCCUACCUUCAGCAUGAGAGUGGGCGCAUCUCCACGAAGUUUGAGUUUGUCCCCAGCCCUGGAAACCACUUUAUCUGGUAUCGAGGGAAAUGGAUCCGAGUGGAACGAAGCCGAGAGAUGCAGAUGAUAGACCUGCAGACAGGCACUCCUUGGGAAUCUGUCACCUUCACAGCUCUGGGCACUGACCGAAAGAUUUUCUUCAACAUCCUAGAGGAAGCUCGAGAGCUAGCCUUGCAGCAGGAGGAAGGGAAGACAGUGAUGUACACAGCCAUGGGUUCUGAGUGGCGCCCUUUUGGCUAUCCACGCCGGCGGCGGCCACUGAGUUCUGUGGUUCUAGAACAGGGUCUGGCUAACCGAAUUGUCCGAGACAUCCGGGAAUUCAUCGAUAACCCCAAGUGGUACACUGACAGAGGCAUUCCCUACAGACGUGGCUACCUGCUUUAUGGGCCCCCUGGUUGUGGAAAAAGCAGUUUUAUCACAGCCCUGGCUGGGGAACUGGAGCACAGCAUCUGCCUGCUGAGUCUCACGGACUCCAGCCUCUCCGAUGACCGGCUCAACCACCUGUUGAGCGUGGCCCCGCAGCAGAGCCUGGUGCUCUUGGAGGACGUGGAUGCAGCCUUUCUUAGCCGAGACCUAGCUGCCGAGAACCCAGUCAAGUACCAAGGUCUAGGUCGUCUCACCUUCAGUGGACUGCUCAAUGCUUUGGAUGGCGUGGCUUCCACCGAGGCACGCAUCGUGUUCAUGACCACCAAUCACGUGGACAGGCUGGACCCUGCACUGAUCCGCCCUGGACGAGUAGACAUGAAGGAGUACGUGGGCUACUGCUCCCACUGGCAGCUGACUCAGAUGUUCCAGAGGUUCUAUCCAGGGCAAGCACCUUCCCUGGCCAAGGCCUUCGCAGAACGUGUCCUUCAAGUUACAACUCAGAUCAGUCCUGCCCAGGUCCAGGGCUACUUCAUGCUCUAUAAAAACGACCCUGCAGGGGCAGUUCACAAUGCGGAGUCUCUGAGGACGUGACAGGCGGGCUGUGCUCAGCUCUCUUCUAGCUCAAUAAACACCUGCCACACCGCUCUGGU